AUGCCUUCUUCUUCUUCUUCUUCUUCCAAUGUUCAUCAAAGCCGUUUCAGUGAUAAUCCUUACUGGUACUACAACAUCCAUACUUGGUUAAGCAAUGCAGAUCUCCACAGCCUUAACGACGAAAGCCCGCGACGUCGUCCUCCUUCAUUCAUUAUUUACUUAAACUUUGCCACUCAAACAAUCUCCAGUUUAAUGAACCAAACCUUUUAUUCCAAUGAUGAAGAAUUCCCAUUAACAAUUGAAACAAAGAGAUUUUCCAUGUUGGAUAUCUGGGCAAUGAAUCAGCAAGACCAUGCAGAGCAGGUUAUCAAUUCUUUUUUCAUGAACACCACAAACGGAGCAGCAUUGUCCAUUGAGAGACGUCAAUGUCUGGUCUCUAACAUCUUUAAUAUUAUCAAGUCCUUUCUUGAAGAUGGUACCUGGAUUGAGCAUGAUCAGAUCUUGAUUGACUUAGAAGUGGUGGAGAUUCAGCAAGAUGAGGAUUUAAGUGGGAUGAUUCUCCAUGAAUCUUUUGAAGAUGCAGAGUUGAGGGCUUGUCCGGCAUCACAGGCACUUUUAGAGAGUUUGGUGACCGAGGUGUUCUGUAAAAAAGGAGAAGAAGCAGUGAAGUGCAUGAUAUGUUUGGAUGAGCUUGUUACUGGUACUGAGGUUAAACGUUUGCCUUGUUCUCAUCUAUUUCAUGGAGAUUGCAUUGAUGGUUGGUUUGCACAAAAGGAUUCUUGCCCGCUUUGUAGAUUUACGUUGCAUGAUUGA